GGCAUAAGCGAUUUAAUCACAACACAGAGGUUCCCCUUUUUAUUAGACGUAAGAUCUCUGCUGAGGCGGACCUGCAAUGGUGAGGGACCAAGACACCGUGAGCAAACAGAAAUGGUCAACCCUGCUCCUUAUGUAUGGGGGCUGGGUAACAGGGAUACUGGGUGUCGCUCAACCCUCUUCCAUAGAAAUACAGCAGUCCUCUUUUCUGGUUUUUGGACACAAGGUCACCCUGAACUGCAGGGUUUCACGGUUCUACCCUUGGAACGCUUCAGUUCUAUGGUUCCACAGGGGUACUCCAGUAUCGCCUGGCAGCAUCACUGAGAACAUCACCAUGAACGAUGACGGCACUUUCUCCCUGCUCAGUCAGUAUAAGUUCAGCCCCACGGUGAAGGAUAACAAUGCAGAGUGUGUCUGCCAGGCCUCUCACCCAGCCUGGACAGAGACAAAGAGAACCAGCAUCGCCGUCAGUGUCCGGUAUGGCCCAAUUGUCAAUGUGACCUCUAACUUAAAGGCUGUGACUAAUGGCUCAGGACGUGUAACAUGUGGGUCCACCCUGAACCUGAUGUGUGCUGCUGAUGGGAACCCCAAGCCUAUGACACACUGGCUGGGGGAAAGCAUUGAAGGAGCGCACUAUGAAGAGACCCUUCAUAUCCCUGCAGUGCAGAGGGAACACGAGGGUCUUUAUUGGUGUGUGGCAAAGAACAUGUAUGGAGAGCAGAACACCAGCAUCACACUGUUGGUGUCCUGCAGUGAUCGUAACAUUAACACUGAUGGAAAUAAAACAGUUUGUGGCCUGGCUCUCAUUCCAUUUGCCUGGGUUACGGGCAUAGUCAUCUGUCUGCUGAAAAAAGGAAGGAGAAAGAACAACGCACUUGCAGGCCAAGAAACUGUUGUCUACGCUGAGGUGAAAAACCAGGAAGAGGUUCUUCCAGCUGCAGAGAGCAGAGUGAGGCAAUAAAAGAGGCCAGAAGAGGGAAGAGGGAAGAAAAUAAGGCCUGCAUUUCACCCUAAAAACAGGGGCUCCUGGAUGUCCUCAGUACCACUAAAAUAUAAAUGUAUGCAUGAACAUGCAAUAACAUGGAAAAUGCAAGGUCCAGAAAGCUUUUCCAAAAAAAUGUAUUACGUAUUGUACAAAUAAUUCAUUAGCCAGGUGGAAGCUAAGAUAUGGCAUGUUCUCUGAUUGAGUAAGUCCUGAAAGCUCUCUGAAUUACUGGAAGUGUUUUGUUUCGCAAUGUUAUACUUUUUUUUUUCAUGGUUGCUUAGUGACUGGAAACCAUGUUCAAAAAGUAAAACAGUAUUUUAAAUACAC